CACAGUGGCUCAGUGUUUUGGAGAGUAACCUGUGGGUCGAUGCACCGCAGCGAGGAGCAUGAACACAAGGAUCCUGCAGCUCACAGGACCAGAGAGAGAGAAGGGGAGAGAGAGAGAGAGAGAGAGCGAGGAAGGUGCACACCAGCGAGCUGAACCCUCAGGGGAACCAUGUGCAGCUCCCUGAGCCCCAAACAUCCCAUCGGCCCCGGCCUCACGGACAUGCAGCAGUACCACCAGUGGCUGGCCAGUCGACAUGAAGCCAGCCUGCUGCCCAUGAAGGAGGACCUGGCCCUGUGGCUCAGUAAUAUCCUCGGUCUGGAAAUCACCGUCGAGAGCUUCAUGGAUCGCUUAGACAAUGGCUUCCUGUUGUGCCAGCUGGCUGAGACACUGCAGGAGAAGUUCAGGCAAAGUAACGGAGACCUGCCUACCCUUGGCAACACAAAGAAUAUCCCCUCCCGGAGGAUACCAUGCCGGCAGAGUGCGCCAUCUGGCUCUUUCUUUGCACGGGACAACACAGCUAACUUCCUGGCCUGGUGUCGUGAGGUUGGAGUUGGUGAAACGUGUCUGUUUGAGUCAGAGGAUUUAGUUCUUCACAGGCAGCCACGGGAGGUGUGCCUCUGUCUUUUAGAGUUGGGGCGGAUAUCAUCACGGUACAAUGUGGAGCCUCCAGGCCUCAUACAACUGGAGAGAGAGAUUGAGCAAGAAGAGAAAGCACCUCUACCUCCUCCAUCGCCUUCAUCUCCAGCUCAGCCCCUCCCUCCAUCUCCCGCUUCCUCUCCUUCCCCUUCUCCUUCUCCCUCUGCAUCCCCGACUCCUCCCAAAGUGACGUCCAGCAAGAAAAGCACAGGGAAGCUGUUGGAUGAUGCUGUAAGAAGUAUCGCUAAUGACCCCCCCUGCAGGUGUCCGAAUAAAUUCUGUGUAGACAGACAGUCGCAGGGUCGGUACCGUGUUGGGGAGAAGAUGCUCUUCAUCCGAAUGCUGCACAACAAGCACGUGAUGGUGCGUGUGGGCGGAGGCUGGGAGACCUUUGAGAGCUACCUGCUGAAGCACGACCCGUGCCGCAUGCUCCAGUUCUCCCGGGUGGAGGGCAAGAUGUCUCCUGUCAGCAGCAAGUCCCCCAACAUCAAGGACCUGACCCCCGACAGCUACCUGGUGGUGGCAGCACACUACCGCAGCAAAAAGUGAAGACAUGAGACAGAUGAAAGGGCCAUUGAUAAAUAUAUAUCGAAAACAUACAUUUUCUGAAUAAAGCUGAGUAAGUUGUGGGGGUUCCAGGGUCUUCAGGAAGCCAGUAGUCCUUGGAGACCUGGAGUGGAUUCCAACACCAAUGCAUUGUUUUUCAUGUUUUCUUUUUCCUUCUUUCUUUUUGACUUUGGCUGAUAUUUCUGUCCUAAAUGUAUAACAGUACAUUGAAAAUAUAAAUGGUUCUAGUAGACGUAACACUCAACUGAACUUGCAUCGGCCGUGGAACUCUUCCAGGCCGAAGUCAUGUGAUGAACCAAAUAUUUACAUGACAGUUUACUAUGUAGUAUUUGUGUAGAACAGCAACACAUCUCUCCUUCAAACCAAACGUCGGCCAUAAAAUGUAGUAGCUUUAACCCUCAUGUCACGAGGCUGUCUUAGUGUCUCAAUGCUUCACUUGUUUACAUCCUUAAUGACUAUUCUAUGCAAUGAAAUUUUAUACAACUGUCAGUUUAUUAUAGAUAAUCAUUGUUAGAGUAGCUCCUGUUUUAUAUCAUUUCUAUAGUGAGAACAUGGACAAUCACCUGCACUAGUUGCAGUAUGUAGUUUAACAGAACCUUGUUUGUUAUGAUAUAACAUGUACUUUAUUUGAGGAUCUACAGUUCUCUGGUUUGUUCUGCUAUUGGCCUCUAGAGGCAGUGCAAUCGCUGAAAUCAGCGGAGGAAUCGGUUUCCGAGGUUUAGAUUUUUGCAGUGAUGAGACUUAAUUCUCUAUUUGAUCAUAUUCAAUGAGUUCAUUUGUCCAACUUCUUCAAAACUUAAUGAGGGACUGUCAGAAAGGUCAGUGGCUGUGCAGUGUAACUCACAGACGUGUAUGUGCAGUAAAUAAGACCGGUUUCUGUUCUCAGAUGUACAAUUUCAAUAAACUCUCAAAACUUGAAUCUUAAAAA